UAUUCAUUUUUAUAAUGACCCAGCUGAAUGUGAAUAAGGCCUCAGAGUGAUUUAGGUGACAUUGUUCCCCAUUUAUUAAAAAAAAAAAAGAAAAUCCUCAUUUGAAAACGUUUUCAUUAAAAUUUGCUUGCUCCACAAACCUUUCAGCCUCUACAGGAAGACCUGCUAAUUAGCGUCAGUUUUACACUAGCAACCACCAAGAAAAAAAAAAACAAAAAAACAAAAACCAUCUUCACAUUAGUCACAUACACACCAGGCAGUUGCCAGAACCCAACUUCCAGGAAAGCAGACAAAGAAAUCAGCUGAUAUUUAAUUAUCAAUGAUGCCACUUUGAUGUGUUUCUGUCCGCGGAAUCAGACAUCAAUUUCCUCCGCGCACCGCCCUGAUGCGGCCCUGAUGCUGUUAUUUGGCUACGGAGCGAUGUGGUGCCUGGAGCGGUGUCUGCUAUUGACUGAAGCCGUCCGCUGGACAGGAUGUUCCUGAGUGUCCUCAGGCUCCAGAAAGCGACAGCCUCGUUGCUCGAAAGCCUCAUUUCUAAACGCACGGAGUACUGGGAAAACUGCAACAGCACCCUGACUUCUGCUCCUUUUCCAGCAAGUGGCAACUACUGUAAAGGAAAUUUCGAUAUGUUUGUGUGCUGGCCCCAUUCAUCUCCGGGGAAUGUGUCUGUCCCCUGUCCUCCCUUCUUACCGUGGAUCACCGAGGACGGCAACAGGAGGGCGUAUCGGGAAUGCUUGGAGAACGGCAGCUGGAGAAAGAUGGAGAACUCCUCAGAUCCCUGGCGAGAUGAUUCUGAAUGUAAGGAGGACCAAUACUUUAAAGACAAGGAGGACGAAUUGCUGCGUCAUUCCGCCCUCCGGCUCAUCUCUGUCAUUGGCUAUUCCCUGUCGCUGUUCUCCCUCACUCUGGCCACUCUGCUCAUGGGCAUGCUGAGGAAGCUCCACUGCACCAGAAACUACAUCCACAUGAACCUGUUUGUGUCAUUCAUCCUGCGGGCGGCCGCCGUCAUUUCGAAAGAAAUCAUCUUCCAUCUCAUGUACUCCAACCUGCCCAAGGACGACCCCGGGUGGAACUCCUACUCCAGCUCUGCGAUAGUGCUGCUGUGCAAGUUCUCCAAAGUGUGCUUGGAGUACUUUGUGGCGUGUAAUUACUUCUGGCUCUUGGUGGAGGCCAUUUUCCUUCACACGCUGCUCUUCACUGCUGUGCUGACCAAGAGGUGCCUGUUGAAGAAAUACAUUCUGCUAGGAUGGGGGACUCCCGUCCUGUUCGUGACGCCAUGGACUGUGGUUAAGAUUCUGUAUGAAAACACGGGGUGCUGGUCAAUCAUGAACAGAUGGUUCUGGUGGAUAAUAAGAGGCCCGAUUACCCUGUCAGUGCUGGUCAUUUUUUUCAUAUUCAUCAAAAUUCUGAUGCUGUUGUUGUCGAAGCUGAAAGCCGAUCAGGUGAAAUUCACUGACUACAGAUACAGUUUGGCCAGGGCAACGUUGGUGCUGAUUCCCCUGCUGGGAAUCCAUGAAGUGGUCUUCACAGUGCUGAUAGACGAAUGUAUGGAGGGCAGCAGCCGCUAUGCCCGGAACUUCAUUAACCUCACUCUCAGUUCCUUCCAGGGAUUCUUGGUUGCUGUGCUGUACUGUUUUGCUAAUGGAGAGGUCCAAACUGAGCUGAAAAAGCGCUGGCAACUGUUUUUGUUCACAAACCACUUCAAGGUCCGGACCUGUUUUCGAGGAGCAAAUCUCAAGCACCUUUGGAAGUGCACCCGGCGACAGCACAGGAAGCGCUCUCGGCAGUUUGACUCCUAUGGCGAAGGCGCCGCUUCGACUGCUCGUCCACACCUCCUCCAGGUGGCCGUGCAAGGGGGAAGUAGGCCUCUUGGACUCGGGCCACUUAAAGGCCAGGGACUUGAGGGCUACGACUCAGCAGGGCUCGACUUUCUUACCAGGAAGAGUCUUUCCAGUAGUGAUGGUGAGAUGACACUGGGAGAGACGAUGGAGGAGAUCCUGGAAGAGAGCCAGUUCUGAACUCAGUUGGUAAAAUCCAACCAAAUUGGAGUUCAGACAAUGAAUGUAUUCUCCAAGUAGAAUGAGCCAACUUCAGGGGAUGGGAAAAUGAAAUGGUUUUAGAAAUGCAGUUUGUUCUACCGAGACUUGUAUUACCUGUACAGAAAAAAUAAAUUCCAGUUUAUGUGGCAAGGAUUUAGUUGCCUAUAUAUAUCUCAGUGACGUGCGGUCAGGGAAAAAUAAUGGAAAAAUAAUAUAUAAUAUAAAAUCA